AAUCAAAGAGAAAAGCAAACAAAAAAUAAAUCGGAAAAAACAAAAAAGGGGGUGGGGCGUAGUAGCGUCUAGCAUUCGACUGUGGAACCCCAUUCUUUCAAUCAUUUCAUUUCCAAAUAAAUUUGUUCGAUCUUCAGGAGAUAAAAUCUAUUCUAGUUACUUGAUUAAUAAAUUGAUGCUGACUCGCAAUUUCCUCUAAUCUGUCCCAAUUUCUAAAACGGUUAUGCGUCGAUUUUAUUAAUUUUUUAUGUUAAGCGAUCAUUCGUUUUCGCCACGAUCUUCUGAUUACAUAUGCGGAUUGAUUGGGUUUUGGAGGCGAUCAGCUCUGCUGUGAGUUGAAUCCCGAUAGCUUAAUUGACAAGUUAGGGUUUCCAGAUUUGGAGCUCUGGGUGCCAAUCAGUCGAGGCAGAGACCUCUGCCGUCUUCUUCGGCAGGUGGAUUAUGGUUCUUCCUCCGCCCUAGUCAUCCGCGGCCCCACUCUCUCCACUAUCUUCCCGACCCUCAGAUGGAUUUCGUCAGCCGCCACGCCGGCGCCCCCUCCGACCACCAGCCGCCUACUCCCUCCGCCUCCUCUGCCGCCCCGCCUGAAGAGCCCGAGUAUCUGGGCAGGUACACGGUCGUUAAGCACUCAUGGCGCGGCCGUUACAAGAGAAUUCUGUGCAUUUCCAAUCACUCAAUUAUCACUUUGGAUCCAGGCACGCUGUCCGUGACUAAUUCGUAUGAUGUCGGUAGUGAUUUUGAAGGAGCUAACCCGAUCAUCGGGAGGGACGAGAGUUCCAGUGAGUUUAAUAUCAGUGUGCGGACUGAUGGCCGUGGGAAAUUUAAAGCGAUGAAGUUUUCUUCCAAGUAUAGGGCGAGUAUAUUGACUGAACUGCAGCGGAUUAGAGGGAAUAGAGUAGCCGCUGUGGGGGAGUUCCCUGUUCUUCAUUUGCGAAGGCGGACCUCGGAAUGGAUCCCUCUUAAAAUGAAAGUUACUUAUGUUGGAGUUGAAGUGAUUGACUUGAAGUCUGGAGAUCUUCGAUGGUGUUUGGACUUCAGAGAUAUGGAUUCUCCAGCCAUAAUUCUUCUCUCUGAAGCUUAUGGGAGGAAAAAUGGUGAUAGUGGUGGGUUUGUUCUAUGUUCCCUAUAUGGACGAAAAUCUAAAGCUUUUCAGGCAUCUUCAGGGACUUCAAAUGCGGCGAUUAUAUCGAGUUUGACUAAAACUGCAAAUUCCAUGGUCGGGGUUUCAUUAGUUGUCGAUAGUUCUCAGUCACUUACCAUCACAGAAUAUGUGAAGCUAAGGGAUAAUGAGGCUGUGGGGGCCCAAGAAACUCCUCUUGGUGGUUGGUCUGUUACAAGGUUGCGAACUGCUGCACAUGGGAUGCUACAUUCUUCUGGUUUAAGCCUGGCAAUUGGACCAAAAGGGGGACUUGGGGACUCAGGUGAUGCUGUCUCACGUCAACUUAUUCUCACGAAGGCUUCACUUGUUGAAAGACGGCCGGAAAACUAUGAAGCUGUAAUUGUUAGGCCCUUAUCUUCAGUUAGUGCUCUUGUUCGAUUUUCUGAGGAGCCACAGAUGUUUGCCGUGGAAUUUAAUGAUGGAUGUCCCAUUCAUGUAUAUGCUAGCACCUCUCGUGAUAGCUUACUCGCAGCAGUUCUGGAUGUUUUGCAAACUGAAGGUCAAUGUCCAGUGCCUAUUUUGCCUAGGUUGACGAUGCCUGGCCACCGGAUCGAUCCUCCUUGUGGCAGAGUUCAUUUACUAUUUCCCCAGCAGCCUCAACGCCCUGUUGCUGAUAUGGAAUCUGCAACAAUGCAUUUAAAACACCUUGCAGCAGCUGCAAAAGAUGCUGUGGCUGAAGGAGGCUCAAUUCCUGGUUCAAGAGCUAAAUUGUGGAGGAGGAUAAGGGAGUUUAAUGCAUGCAUUCCAUUUAGUGGAGUUCCCCCUACUGUUGAAGUACCUGAGGUGACUCUGAUGGCCUUGAUCACAUUGCUUCCUGCUGCUCCAAAUCUUCCUCCAGAGUCCCUACCCUUGCCACCACCUUCGCCUAAAGCAGCUGCUACUGUAAUUGGUUUCAUUGGAUGCUUACGCAGGUUGCUCUCUUCAAAAAAUGCCGCAUCACAUGUGAUGUCGUUUCCUGCUGCUGUUGGACGAAUCAUGGGCCUGCUUAGAAAUGGUUCUGAGGGAGUAGCGGCUGAAUCAAUAGGGCUUAUUGCUAUGCUUAUUGGUGGUGGUCCAGGGGAUACAACUAUGUUAUCAGACACAAAGGGAGAACAACAUGCAACAAUAAUGCAUACGAAAUCUGUACUAUUUGCUGAACAGAGUAACCUGAAUAUUCUUGUUAACAGAUUAAAACCUACCUCUGUUUCACCAUUAUUAUCAAUGACCGUUGUUGAAGUUCUUGAAGCUAUGAUAUGCGAGCCACACUGUGAAACUACCCAGUACACAGUGUUUGUUGAAUUACUGCGCCUUGUAGCUGGGUUGCGUCGUCGAUUGUUUGCGUUAUUUGGGCAUCCUGCAGAAAGUGUACGAGAAACUGUAGCUGUAGUUAUGCGUUCAAUAGCGGAAGAAGAUGCUGUUGCUGCUGAAUCAAUGAGGGAUGCUGCUUUACGUGAUGGUGCAUUACUGCGGCAUCUAUUACAUGCGUUCUACCUUCCUGCUGGUGAAAGACGUGAUGUCAGCCGACAACUUGUUGCUCUGUGGGCAGAUUCUUAUCAACCUGCCCUUGAAUUGUUGUCUAGAGUUCUACCGCCUGGGCUGGUUGCGUAUUUGCACACAAGAUCAAAUGGAACAGCAGAUGAAGAUAUCUCCAAUCAGGAACUUUCCUUGAUGAGUAGAAGACAGCGGCGUUUACUGCAACGAAGAAGAAAUCGUCCAGUUGGAAUCCCGUCUCAAGGCCCGAGCAUGCCUUCUGUUAAUGAUACUGAAGGCACCGAACAAGUACGGCAGACAAAUGGACAUGCAUUUAGAGGAUUAGAUGGAUAUCGAAACUUAGCAGAUGAUUCAACUAGUGGGUACAUUCCAUCUGUUCAGCCUUCACGGGUUCACCCUGGUGACAACUAUGAGAUUCGUGCUGCAGGGGUCCCUCAAAGUGAUCAUUCAUCAGCCGUUGCUUCGUCUGAUAAUUAUGCAGCACGUGACUCUGAUAUUGGUCCAUCUAGCCCCCAUAAUUCAGGAAUCCCUGCUCCUGCCCAGGUGGUUACAGAGAAUGCACCUGUGGGGUGCGGAAGAUUGCUAUUAAACUGGCCUGGUUUCUGGAGAGCUUUUGGUCUUGACCACAAUCGUGCUGACUUGAUCUGGAAUGAGCGUACUCGGCAGGAGUUGAUGGAAGCUUUGCAGGCUGAGGUUCACAAAUUAGAUCUUGAGAAAGGAAGAACUGAAGAUAUUGUUCCUGGGGGUACAUCCAAGGAAACUGUGAGUGGGCAAGAGACCAUGCCUCAGAUAUCAUGGAACUAUGCGGAAUUUGCUGUUCGGUACCCUAGCUUGGCUAAGGAAGUUUGUGUUGGUCAAUAUUAUCUCCGUCUGCUGCUUGAGAGUGGAACUAGCGGUAGAGCUCAAGACUUUCCUCUGCGUGACCCAGUUGCAUUUUUCAGAGCACUUUAUCAUCGGUUCCUCUGUGAUGCGGACACUGGGCUGACGGUAGAUGGCGCUGUUCCUGAUGAAAUGGGUUCAUCCGAUGAUUGGUGUGAUAUGGGAAGAUUAGAUGGUUUUGGUGGAGGGGGUGGAUCCUUAGUCAGGGAGCUCUGUGCAAGAGCGAUGGCUAUUGUAUAUGAGCAACAUUAUCACUCGGUAGGACCAUUCGAAGGCACUGCACAUGUUACAGUACUCUUGGAUCGGACAAAUGAUAGAGCUCUGAGACACCGUCUUCUUCUCCUUUUGAAGGUUUUGAUGAAAGUUCUGUCAAAUGUGGAGGCAUGUGUUUUGGUUGGAGGAUGUGUGCUUGCUGUUGAUUUACUAACAGUUGUUCAUGAAGCUUCAGAAAGGACUGCUAUACCAUUGCAGUCUAACUUAAUUGCUGCUACUGCUUUCAUGGAACCGAUGAAAGAAUGGAUGUUCACCGACAAGAACAAUACCCAAGUUGGGCCCGUUGAGAAGGACACUGUUAGAAGGUUUUGGUCAAAAAAUGAAAUUGACUGGACGACCAGAUGCUGGGCAUCUGGGAUGCCUGACUGGAAGAGACUAAGAGACAUCCGUGAGCUCAGGUGGGCAAUGGCUGUUCGAGUUCCUGUGCUUACUCCAGUUCAGGUUUCAGAGGUGGCAUUGUCCAUACUACACAGCAUGGUAGCUGCUCAUUCAGAUAUAGAUGAUGCAGGAGAGAUUGUUACACCAACACCUAGAGUAAAGCGAAUCUUGUCAAGUCCACGUUGUCUUCCACAUAUAGCUCAGGCUAUGCUUUCUGGUGAACCAACCAUAGUUGAGGCUGCUGCUGCUUUGCUUAAGGCUAUAGUCACCAGGAAUCCCAAAGCCAUGAUAAGAUUAUACAGUACAGGCGCAUUUUAUUUUGCCCUGGCAUAUCCUGGAUCUAAUCUUCAUUCAAUUGCCCAACUUUUCUCAAUGACUCAUGUUCACCAAGCUUUUCAUGGAGGGGAAGAAGCCGCAGUCUCCUCUUCUUUACCUUUGGCAAAACGAAGUGUUCUGGGUGGCCUCUUACCUGAGUCAUUGCUCUAUGUACUGGAACGUAGUGGGCCAGUUGCUUUUGCAGCAGCAAUGGUCUCUGAUUCAGACACUCCCGAAAUUAUUUGGACACAUAAGAUGCGAGCAGAGAAUCUAAUCUGUCAGGUUCUUCAGCAUCUUGGUGAUUUCCCUCAGAAAUUGUCACAGCAUUGUCAUUCCUUGUAUGAUUAUGCUCCAAUGCCACCAGUUACAUAUCCAGAGCUGAAAGAUGAAAUGUGGUGUCAUCGUUAUUAUCUUAGAAACUUGUGUGAUGAAAUUAGAUUUCCUAAUUGGCCAAUUGUUGAACAUGUUGAGUUUUUGCAAUCAUUGCUGGUAAUGUGGCGAGAGGAAUUAACUCGAAGGCCAAUGGAGCUUUCUGAAGAAGAAGCUUGUAGGAUACUGGAGAUUUCAAUUGAAGAAGUAUCCAGGGAUGAUGCCCCUAGAAAACGAGGAUUUGGGUCACUUGAGGAGGACAUAUCAAAGCAGAUCGAGAAUAUUGAUGAGGAAAAGCUCAAGAGACAGUAUAGAAAACUUGCAAUGAAAUAUCAUCCCGACAAAAAUCCUGAAGGGAGAGAGAAGUUUCUAGCAGUGCAAAGAGCUUAUGAAUGCCUGCAGGCAACCAUGCAAGGGUUGCAAGGACCCCAGGCUUGGAGGUUGUUACUUCUCUUAAAGGGCCAAUGUAUCCUAUACAGGCGAUAUGGGACUGUCUUGAUGCCAUUCAAAUAUGCUGGGUAUCCAAUGCUGUUAAAUGCCAUUACAGUGGAUAAAGAUGAUACUAAUUUUCUUUCUUCUGAUCGAGCACCUCUCUUAAUCGCAGCCUCGGAGCUUGUUUGGCUGACGUGUGCGUCCUCUUCAUUGAAUGGUGAAGAGCUUGUGAGGGAUGGUGGGAUACCCCUUCUUGCUACUCUUCUUUCUCGAUGCAUGUGUGUGGUCCAACCAACAACUCCUGCCAGUGAACCAUCUGCCACUAUUGUUGCUAACAUAAUGCAGACAUUCUCAGUUACAAGUCAGUUUGAAAGUGCCAGAAUAGAAAUGCUUGAGUUAUCUGGGUUAGUUGAUGACAUUGUUCAUUGCACGGAGCUUGAGCUGGUGCCGGCAGCUGUUGAUGCUGCGCUUCAGACUAUUGCUCAUGUUUCUAUCUCCUCUGAAUUUCAAACUGCUCUUCUGAAGGCUGGUGCCCUUUGGUACCUUAUACCUUUACUGCUUCAGUAUGAUUCCACAGCUGGGGAAUCAGAUAAGACUGAUGCUCAUGGUGUUGGUACUAGUGUUCAAAUAGCAAAAAAUUUACAUGCUGUACAGGCAUCUAAUGCCUUGUCAAGGCUUAGCGGUUUGGGCAGCAGCGACUCUCUGGCACCCUAUAAUGAAGCUGCAGCUGAUGCCCUUAAAGCUUUGCUGACUCCUAAACUUGCAAGCAUGCUGAAAGAUAACUCACCCAAAGAUCUCUUGUCCAUAUUAAACUCAAACUUGGAGUCUCCUGAGAUAAUCUGGAAUUCCUCCACUCGAGCAGAACUGUUGAAUUUUGUUGAGGAGCAGAGUGCAAGCCUCAGACAAGAUGGCUCAUGUGAACUGAAAGAUUCACAUUCUUUUCUUUAUGAAGCGAUAUCUAAGGAACUGUAUAUUGGCAAUGUAUACUUGAGAGUCUAUAAUGAUCAACCAGAUUCUGAAAUUACUGAACCUGAGAGAUUCUGUCUUGCCCUAGUUGAUUAUAUAUCACAUCUAGUGCACAAUAAUGCACCUGCUGCAAAUAGUCAAAUUAAUGGUGAUGUAACCACUGAAUCAUCUGGCGUGCAUCCCUCCUCUGAUGAUUCUUCAGCAUAUGUUGAUGGGAAACCUACAGACAAGGAGGAAACUGAGUUAAUAAAGAAUCUCCAAUUUGGUCUGAUAUCUCUCCAGCACUUAUUGACGAGAAAUCCCAAUUUAGCUUCUGUUGUGUCCUCAAAGGAAAAGUUAAAGCCCCUCUUCGAGUGCUUUUCUCUUCCCGCUGCUUCUACAAGCAAUAUUCCCCAGCUUUGUUUAGUUGUGUUAUCACGCUUGACAACGUAUGCCCCUUGCUUGGAGGCAAUGGUUGCGGAUACCUCGAGUUUGCUUACGUUACUACAGAUGCUUCAUUCAUCUCCCAGCUGUCGUGAAGGAGCUCUGCAUGUCCUCUACGCCUUGGCAAGCACACCAGAACUUGCAUGGGCAGCUGCUAAGCAUGGUGGGGUUGUUUUCAUUCUCGAGGUGCUCUUGCCAAUAAAAGAAGAGAUCCCGUUGCAGCAAAGAGCGGCAGCAGCUUCAUUACUAGGAAAGCUUGUUGGCCAGACAAUGCAUGGGCCCAGAGUUGCAAUAGCCCUGGCUAGAUUUCUUCCUGAUGGCCUUGUCUCUAUAAUCAGGGAUGGUCCUGGUGAAGCAGUUGUCCUUGCUCUUGAGCAAACAACCGAAACUCCAGAACUUGUUUGGACCCCAGCAAUGGCUGCAUCUCUAGCUGCACAACUUGCAACAAUGGCGUCAGAUCUGUAUCGUGAACAGGUGAAAGGACAUCUUGUUGAUUGGGAUGCACCCGAACAUGCCUCUGGCCAACAGGAAAUGAGAGAUGAACCUCAGGUUGGAGGAAUAUAUGUCAGGUUGUUCCUGAAAGACCCCAAAUUUCCUCUAAGAAAUCCCAAAAGGUUUCUCGAGGGUUUACUGGAUCAGUACCUAUCAUCAAUUGCAGCUACACACUAUGAUGGCCAAGCUUUUGACCCUGAGCUUCCUCUACUUCUUUCUGCUGCCCUGGUCUCUUUGCUGAGAGUGUACCCUGCUCUCGCAGAUCAUGUUGGAUAUCUUGGUUAUGUGCCCAAACUCGUGUCUGCAGUGGCUUAUGAAGCUAGCAGAGAGUCAAUGGCUUCAGAAACCUAUUCAUCUGAGGAUGAUACUCCCCAACAAAAUUCACAGACUCCUCAAGAGCGUGUUCGCCUUAGUUGUUUGCGUGUUCUGCAUCAACUUGCAGGUAGCACCACUUGUGCAGAAGCUAUGGCAGCCACCAGUGUGGGGAUGCCCCAGGUCGUUCCACUUUUAAUGAAAGCUAUCGGUUGGCAAGGUGGAAGUAUCCUUGCUCUUGAAACCUUAAAGCGUGUUGUAGUUGCGGGAAACCGAGCAAGAGAUGCACUUGUUGCACAGGGUCUCAAGGUUGGUCUUGUCGAAGUGCUUCUUGGUCUUCUUGAUUGGCGAGCUGGGGGAAGAAGUGGGCUCUUUUCGCAGAUGAAUUGGAAUGAGUCAGAAGCAUCCAUUGGCAGGGUUCUCGCGAUUGAGGUUUUGCAUGCAUUUGCAACAGAGGGGGCUUAUUGUACCAAAGUACGGGGUAUACUAAAUGCCUCAAAUGUAUGGAAUGCCUAUAAAGAUCAGAGGCACGAUCUUUUUCUCCCUUCAAAUGCUCAAACUUCACCUGCCGGAGUUGCUGGUCUCAUCGAGAGUUCGUCGUCUAGGCUUACGUACGCACUAACAGCACCUCCAUCACACUCUACUCAACCGAAGUCCCCUAUCACUGAUUCAAAUGGAAGCCAAGGGUAGAAACACCACGAGAUUAAUGCUGACAAAAGUGAUGGGGAAGGCAUUUUGUAUUCAUUUUUUCCUUGUAUAGCAAAAUGUACAGUUCCGAUCUCUUUCCAUCACUUCCCUCACACAUUCUCAACAUUUCAUCAAUGUGUGCAGGUACAAAUUUUGUAUAUCUUUUUUGUUUGUCAUCAUUUCUGUAUAGCACCGUAGUUGAGAUGAUGACUUGUGUAUUUUAAAUUUGACUAAAGAGUUGGUGUGAAAGUAACCAAAGAUGUAAUACACCCCAUUUUCACAGUUGAUGGUUUUCCUAUUCA